AGACAAUUGACUCUCUUUUCUCUGUACAUGUUAAGAUAAUGAUGUAGUCAUAUUCUAUUUUAAAGUUUUCAUUCGGACACCAUGUGCACCAACCUCUAGUGUGUGAAGCGCUUGUACUUGCGUCUGUUGUGCGAACACACACACUGUGUUCCUACACAACCCACCAUCAUGGAGACCCAACUGCAAAGUAUCUUCGAGGAGGUAGUGAAAACAGAAGCCAUUGAGGAGGCCUUUGCUGGUAUGUUUAUGGACUCAAAUGAAGAUGAGAGAACAAAACUAAUAAGUUGCCUUGGUGGCUUUAGACAGUUUUGGAGUGUCCUCCCUCAGGAUUCCCAUGAACAAUGUGUCCAGUGGAUUGUACGCUUUAUUCAUGGACAGCACAGCCCAAAAAGAAUUUCCUUCCUUUACGACUGUCUAGCAAUGGCUGUAGAAACCGGACUACUUCCUCCCAGAUUGGUCUGUGAGUCGCUGGUUAACUCUGACACGCUGGAAUGGGAAAGGACUCAACUCUGGGUAUUAACGUUUAAACUGGUCCGGAAAAUUAUCGGUGGAGUCGAUUACAAGGGUGUGCGAGAUCUGUUAAAGGUCAUACUGGAAAAAAUCCAAACUGUUCCAAAUACUGUCAGUUCUGCUGUUGUACAGCAGCUUCUAGCAGCAAGAGAGGUUGUAGCCUACAUCCUGGAGAGAAAUGCCUGUCUACUCCCUGCCUACUUUGCGGUGACCGAAAUCCGCAAGCUUUACCCGGAAGGGAAACUCCCUCACUGGUUACUGGGUAAUCUGGUGUCCGACUUUGUGGAUAGCUUUCGACCUACAGCACGGAUCAAUUCAAUCUGUGGACGUUGCAGUCUCUUGCCUGUGGUGAACAACUCUGGCGCCAUCUGUAAUUCAUGGAAACUGGACCCCCUUACUUUGCGCUUUCCACUGAAAGGACUCUUGCCCUAUGACAAGGAUUUAUUUGAGCCACAGACGGCUCUCCUGAGAUAUGUGCUGGAACAGCCGUACUCUCGCGACAUGGUGUGCAACAUGCUGGGACUAAACAAGCAGACCUUGAACAUUGCUCAGCACAAGCAACGCUGCCCUGUGCUGGAGGACCAGUUGGUCGAUCUUGUGGUGUAUGCCAUGGAGCGCUCCGAGACAGAGGAGAAGUUUGACGAUGGUGGGACCAGCCAGCUGCUGUGGCAGCACCUCUCCAGCCAGCUCAUUUUCUUUGUGCUCUUUCAGUUUGCCAGUUUUCCACACAUGGUUUUGUCUCUUCAUCAAAAGUUGGCAGGCCGGGGCCUCAUUAAAGGCAGGGACCACCUAAUGUGGGUGCUGCUGCAGUUCAUUUCUGGAAGCAUACAGAAGAAUGCUUUGGCAGACUUCCUCCCCGUUAUGAAGCUCUUCGAUCUCCUGUACCCAGAAAAAGAAUGUAUUCCAGUACCUGACAUCACCAAACCACAGUCCACACACUCUUUUGCAAUGACCUGUAUCUGGAUCCACCUAAAUAGAAAAGCACAGAACGACAACUCCAAGCUACAGAUACCAAUUCCUCAUUCACUAAAGUUACAUCAUGAGUUCUUGCAGCAGAGCUUGCGGAAUAAGAGUUUGCAGAUGAACGAUUACAAAAUAGCUUUGCUGUGCAAUGCUUAUUCCACAAACUCAGAAUGCUUUACGUUGCCAAUGGGAGUUCUUGUGGAAACAAUUUAUGGCAAUGGAAGCAUGAGAAUAUCGCUGCCAGGAACAAAUUGUAUGGCUUCAGGAUCCAUUACCCCACUACCAAUGAACCUCUUGGAUUCACUAACAGUUCAUGCAAAAAUGAGCCUUAUUCACAGCAUUGCUACCAGAGUAAUCAAACUGGCUCAUGCCAAAUCCAGCCUUGCCUUGGCUCCGGCCCUAGUUGAAACCUACAGCCGCUUGUUGGUUUAUAUGGAAAUAGAAUCGCUUGGCAUCAAGGGAUUCAUCAGUCAACUCUUACCUACUGUCUUUAAGUCUCAUGCCUGGGGAAUCCUUCACACCCUGCUGGAAAUGUUCAGCUACCGAAUGCACCAUAUACAGCCUCACUAUCGAGUGCAGCUCCUGAGCCACCUUCAUUCGCUGGCAGGGGUACCGCAAACAAACCAAAACCAGCUCCAUCUCUGUGUUGAGAGCACAGCCCUGAGACUGAUCACAGCCCUUGGUAGUUCAGAGGUGCAGCCACAGUUUACUCGCUUCUUGAACGAUCCAAAAACCGUUUUGUCAGCGGAGUCUGAGGAGCUUAAUAGGGCUUUGAUAUUAACGAUCGCAAGAGCCACACAUGUCACAGAUUUCUUCACAGGCUCGGAUUCCAUCCAGGGCACAUGGUGCAAAGACAUUCUGCAAACCAUCAUUAACUUCACACCUCAUAACUGGGCCUUGCACACAUUAAGCUGCUUCCCGGCGCCGCUGCAGGCAUUCUUCAAACAGAACAACGUCCCUCAAGAAAGUCGCUUCAACCUAAAGAAGAAUGUAGAAGAGGAAUACAGGAAGUGGAAGUCCAUGACCAAUGAAAAUGACAUCAUUACACACUUUUCCCUACAAGGAUCACCCCCACUCUUUCUCUGCCUUCUCUGGAAAAUGCUCUUGGAAACUGACCAAAUCAACCAGAUUGGCUACAGAGUUCUAGAGAGAAUUGGGGCCAGAGCACUGGUUGCUCAUGUCAGAACAUUUGCUGAUUUUCUUGUGUAUGAAUUCUCCACCUCCGCUGGAGGCCAACAGCUCAAUAAGUGCAUUGAGAUGCUCAAUGACAUGGUGUGGAAGUAUAACAUCGUAACUCUGGACAGACUGAUCUUGUGCUUGGCCAUGCGCAGCCAUGAAGGGAAUGAAGCCCAGGUGUGCUACUUCAUAAUUCAGUUGCUUCUGCUGAAACCGAAUGACUUCAGAAACCGAGUGAGUGAUUUUGUGAAAGAGAAUUCUCCAGAGCACUGGCUGCAGAAUGACUGGCAUACCAAGCACAUGAGUUACCACAAGAAAUAUCCAGAAAAACUGUACUUUGAAGGCCUGGCUGAGCAAGUGAACCCUCCUGUGCAGAUCCAGCCCCAGUACCUGCCCAUCUAUUUUGGAAACGUGUGCCUUCGCUUCUUGCCAGUGUUUGAUAUCGUCAUUCACAGGUUUCUAGAGCUUCAUCCGGUUUCAAAGUCUCUUGAAACUUUGCUUGAUCAUCUCGGAGGGUUAUACAAGUUUCAUGAUCGUCCCGUCACCUAUCUGUACAACACACUCCACUACUAUGAGAUGCAACUUCGGGAUCGGACAUAUUUGAAACGCAAGCUUGUGCACUCAAUAAUUGGAUCUCUGAAAGACAACAGGCCUCAAGGAUGGUGCUUGAGUGAGACAUACCUGAAGUGUGGGAUGAAUGCCCGAGAAGAUAACCCUUGGAUCCCCGAUGACACUUAUUAUUGCAAGCUGAUUGGCCGACUGGUUGACACGAUGGCUGGAAAAUCCCCUGGGCCGUUUCCAAACUGUGACUGGAGGUUCAAUGAAUUUCCUAAUCCAGCCGCUCAUGCGCUACAUGUCACCUGUGUUGAACUGAUGGCGUUAACUGUGCCGGGUAAAGAAGUUGGAAAUGCGCUGCUAAAUGUGGUGCUAAAAAGUCAGCCGCUGGUGCCAAGGGAGAAUAUCACUGCAUGGAUGAAUGCUAUUGGACUAAUCAUUACAGCUUUACCUGAACCAUAUUGGAUAGUUCUGCAUGAUCGGAUUGUUAGUGUUCUCAACAGUCCGAGCCUAACAUCAGAGACUGAAUGGGUUGGCUACCCCUUCCAACUCUUUGAUUUUACAGCUUGUCAUAAAGCGUACUCUGAGAUGAACUGCAGCUACACUCUGGCUUUGGCACAUGCUGUCUGGCACCAUUCAAGCAUCGGCCAGUUGUCCCUCAUUCCAAAGUUCCUUCCUGAGGUCCUUAUACCAAUUGUAAAAACAGAGUACCAGUUGCUUUAUGUAUACCAUCUGGUAGGACCUUUCCUUCAAAGGUUCCAGCAAGAACGGACCAGGUGCAUGAUAGAGAUUGGUGUGGCAUUUUAUGAAAUGCUUUUAAACGUGGAUCAGUGCAGUACCCAUUUAAACUUCAUGGACCCCAUCUGUGACUUCCUGUAUCACAUGAAGUAUAUGUUUACUGGAGACAGUGUGAAAGACCAGGUAGAGAAAAUCAUUUGUAACCUGAGGCCUGCUUUACAGCUACGCCUGCGAUUCAUAACCCACAUCAGCAAGCAAGAGCCGGUUGCUGCUCCUCCACCUCCUGUUAACAGUGGUUCCCCAGCCCCACAGGCCAGUCAGGUGCCUGUCAAUGUUACCUUACCAGUAACUCAGUAAAAGCCUGUCAACUGGCUUAUGAUGAUUUCCAGUAAACUGCUGCAGAGACUGAAAAAGGGGAAUGUUACAAUUAACCUCACAACAAAUGGACUGCAAACAUGAAAUACGCUUUUCAAAAAUGUAUCUAAACCUACCCCAAAGAUUUUUGGCAUGUUAACUAAACGUUCUCUUCUACAUCGCUGCCGUGUUAUUAUACAGCCCUAAAUUAUGCUUUACAAAAAAAUGUAGAAUGCUUCCUGAAAAAGAAUUAGUCCAAGUAAAAAAAACCCGCCAAACUGGAAAUUUGUCUACAAAAAAACCAAACAACCUGUACAUGUACCCUAAAUUACAACACAUGUUGUGCAGCGGGGUUUUAUAUGUAAUCUUUGCGUCUUUUCUGCAUUCUCUGAGAAGAUUAUUCAGAAAUGUGUACAUAUUUUCCUAUUUUUUUCAUUUGAUUGUUUUAGAAGGCCUUUAAAACGGAUAAGAUAUCUUUUUUUUUUUUAAUAAAAACAAAAAUGUGAGAUUUAAAAUUUGCAA